AAGACCUGAAGACGGGCAGAGAGGAUCUUCUACAGCUAAAGAUAUAAAGAAGGACCACAACAAACAGGACUUUAAAUUGCUUCCCCUGAGAUCAAGCAACACAGAUGGUUUUGGAAAUGCUGAACCCAAUGUAUUAUAAAAUCACCAGCAUGGUGUCUGAAGUUGUGCCUUUUGCCAGCAUUGCAGUCCUGCUGCUCACCGGCUUUCUUCUCUUGUUGUGGAAUUAUGAGAAUACAUCCUCAAUACCAAGUCCUGGCUAUUUUCUGGGAAUUGGGCCCCUCAUUUCCCACUUCAGGUUCCUCUGGAUGGGGAUUGGCAGUGCCUGCAACUACUACAACAAAAUGUAUGGAGAAUUCAUGAGGGUCUGGAUAGGUGGAGAGGAAACACUCAUUAUUAGCAAGUCCUCAAGUGUGUUCCAUGUAAUGAAGCACAGUCACUACACAUCCCGAUUCGGCAGCAAACCUGGGUUGGAGUGCAUCGGCAUGUAUGAGAAAGGCAUCAUAUUUAAUAAUGAUCCAGCCCUCUGGAAAGCCGUUAGAACUUACUUUAUGAAAGCUCUGUCCGGCCCUGGCCUGGUGCGCAUGGUGACCGUCUGUGCCGAUUCCAUCACCAAGCACCUGGACAAGCUGGAGGAGGUCCGCAAUGACUUGGGCUACGUGGACGUGUUGACCCUCAUGCGGCGCAUCAUGCUGGACACCUCUAACAACCUCUUCCUGGGGAUCCCGUUGGAUGAAAAGGCCAUUGUGUGUAAAAUCCAGGGUUAUUUUGAUGCAUGGCAAGCUCUCCUUCUCAAACCAGAAUUCUUUUUUAAGUUUUCAUGGCUGUACAAAAAGCAUAAAGAGUCUGUGAAGGAUUUGAAAGAGAACAUGGAAAUUCUGAUAGAGAAAAAAAGAUGCAGCAUUAUCACAGCAGAGAAACUGGAAGACUGCAUGGAUUUCGCCACUGAGUUGAUUUUGGCCGAGAAACGUGGCGAAUUAACAAAGGAGAAUGUGAACCAGUGCAUAUUGGAAAUGCUGAUUGCAGCACCAGACACCCUGUCUGUCACUGUGUUUUUCAUGCUGUUUCUCAUUGCAAAGCACCCCCAGGUUGAAGAGGCAAUAGUGAAGGAAAUCCAGACUGUUAUUGGUGAAAGAGACAUAAGGAAUGAUGACAUGCAAAAACUCAAAGUGGUGGAAAACUUUAUUUAUGAGAGCAUGAGGUACCAGCCUGUCGUGGACCUCGUCAUGCGAAAAGCCUUAGAGGAUGAUGUCAUCGAUGGCUACCCGGUGAAAAAGGGAACCAACAUUAUCCUGAAUAUUGGAAGAAUGCAUAGACUCGAGUUUUUCCCCAAGCCCAAUGAAUUUACUCUUGAGAACUUUGCCAAGAAUGUUCCUUACAGGUACUUCCAGCCAUUUGGCUUUGGGCCCCGGGCCUGUGCGGGAAAGUAUAUCGCCAUGGUCAUGAUGAAGGUCACUCUGGUCAUACUUCUGAGACGCUUCCAAGUGCAGACACCGCAAGACCGGUGUGUUGAAAAGAUGCAGAAGAAAAAUGAUUUAUCCUUGCACCCGGAUGAGACCAGCGGCCUGCUGGAAAUGAUUUUCAUCCCAAGAAAUUCAGACAAGAGCCUCGAGCACUAAAGAGGUUUGGUCAGUCCCUGCCCUGGACCAGUUCUCAACAAUAUUUCACAUGGAA